AUGGAGGCAGGCCUUAAAGGGGAAGUGCCUUCAUUUGCCUGUGCCUUAAGCCUGGGUGAUGUCCUAGGAGGCCCCGGCCUACCCUUUUGUGUGCUGGGUUUUUCUCCCUCCUCCAAUCCAGUCCGGAGGAAAACGCCCGAACAGGCCCGGCCUGGAGGGGUGGGCAGGGACUGCCCGCGUGAGUGCCUCUCGGGCACCCGACCCACUUCUCCCCUCGUGUCUCCAGGUAUCAUCGGGCUGGUCGCCUUGUACCUGGUGUUCGGUUAUGGAGCCUCUCUUCUCUGCAACCUGAUCGGAUUCGGCUACCCAGCCUACAUCUCAAUUAAAGCCAUUGAGAGUCCCAACAAAGAAGAUGACACCCAGUGGCUAACAUACUGGGUCGUAUACGGUGUGUUCAGUAUUGCCGAAUUCUUCUCUGAUAUCUUCCUGUCAUGGUUUCCCUUCUACUACAUGCUGAAGUGUGGAUUCUUGUUGUGGUGCAUGGCACCAAGCCCUUCUAAUGGAGCUGAACUGCUCUACAUGCGCAUCAUCCGCCCCAUCUUCCUGAAGCAUGAGAACCAGGUAGACAGUGUGAUGAAGGAUCUGAAAGAUAAAGCCAAAGAGACUGCAGAUGCCAUCACUAAAGAAGCCAAGAAAGCCACCGUGAAUUUGCUGGGCGAAGAAAAGAAGAGCACCUAAGCCAGCGCCUGCACGGGCCCUUUCUGCUCGCGGACCUUCCGGUUAGAGCUUGCUGUUAGAUAGGGAUUGUGUAUGAUCGUCGAAUGAUGUUGCCUUGGAAACAUUUUUGAUAUAUUAAAAAAGUGUUGUGAGUUUG